AUGACUAAUUGAGAAAUCGUACCUUACCAAGUUACUUGGUAUUUACUUAAGCAUGAGUGCAAGAGCUAUAUAUGGUCCCACCCCACGGGCGAAACAGGCAUAGUACAUGAUAGUUCAAUCAUCAAUGCAUAACAUCCACAAUACUUAUAUAUUCUUAAAUACGAUUUUAUUGAACUAUAUACUUGUAUGUAGCACCAAAUAUAUAAUUGGACUUACCUAAUUAUAUUGUUUUAAGAGUUUAGGGAAGAAAUAUAAAAUGAGAGGUACAGAAGAUGUUGUUGAUUACAAGUUUUCUGAUGGUGAUGAAGAUCAACUAUUUGAUGAUGAUGGCAAUCCCAAAAGAACUGGGACUAUAUGGACAGCAAGUGCACACAUUAUAACAGCAAUCAUAGGAUCUGGAGUUCUUUCACUAGCAUGGGGCACGGCACAGCUUGGAUGGGCAGGGGGACUCGUAACACUAGUAACGUUUUCGUUUAUCACGUACUAUACUUCAAAUCUCCUAGCAGAUUGUUACAGAUUCCCUGAUUCUGUCACUGGAAAAAGAAAUCAUUCAUAUAUGGAAGAGGUUCGCGCCAAUUUAGGCAGAGUAAACUGCAUUGCUUGUGGGAUAGUGCAGUAUGCCAAUUUAAGUGGAAUGGUAAUUGGUUACACAAUUACUGCAUCAAUAAGCAUGGUGGCAGUGCACAAGUCUAACUGUUUCCACAGCAAAGGCCAUUCUGCUUCUUGCAAGUUCAGCAAUAAUCCUUAUAUGAUUGGUUUGGGAACAUUUGAGAUAUUUUUGUCACAAAUUCCUAACUUUCAUAAGCUCACAUAUUUGUCAACUGUUGCCGCGAUUAUGUCUUUUGGGUAUUCCUCAAUAGGCAUUGGACUUGCUCUUGCCAGGAUCAUCUCAGGCAAAGGAGGGAGGACAACUUUAACUGGAGUGGAGGUAGGAAUAGAUGUAACAGUUGCUGAUAAAGUAUGGAGGACAUGUAGAGCCCUUGGAGAUAUCGCGUUUACAUACAGUUUCUCUGCAGUCCUUGUUGAAAUACAGGAUACGCUCAAAUCGGAACCACCAGAGAAUAAGGUGAUGAAGAAGGCCAAUGCAAUAUCAGUGUUCACAACCACAACAUUUUACAUGUUGUGUGGUACCUUAGGCUAUGCUGCAUUUGGGAAUGAUGCACCUGGUAACAUGUUAACUGGAUUCGGGUUUUACGAGCCUUUUUGGCUAGUAGACUUGGCCAACAUCUUCAUCGUUAUUCAUUUAGCUGGCGCAUAUCAGAUAUUUACUCAGCCUGUAUUCUUAUUGAUCGAGUCAUCGGCCCAGAAGAAAUGGCCCAACUCAAUAUUUGUCAACUCAGAGUACCCCAUCAAAAUUGGCAACAAAACAGUGUUAAGCCUAAACUUACUUAGGCUAACUGCAAGGACCAUGUUUGUGGUGUUAGCAACCACAUUAGCAAUGGCAAUUCCCUUCUUCAACGACUUCCUCUCGCUGCUCGGGUCAAUCGGAUUUUGGCCACUGACUGUAUAUUUCCCAGUGGAGAUGCACAUUGCUCAAAGAAAGAUCAAAAGACGGUCAAUGAAGUGGUGUAUGCUACAACUUCUUAAUUUUCUCUGCUUGCUUGUUUCCUUGGCUGCUGCUGCUGGGUCUAUCCAGGGGGUUAGCCAAGGUCUUCGUACGUCCAAGCCUUUUCAAUAUAAAGUAUAAAAUACCAAGUAAUAAAACUUGGUUUUUUUCGAAGUUAUAACAAGUCUUGUAUCUAAUAUAUACGCCUCUACCAUCUAAUUAUUGGUACUAAAUCAAACCUAACAACAUGACAAUAUGAAAUUAUCCGGGCUUCCUAAUAUUUUAUUUCUUACUUAAAAUAAUAAUAAAAAAAAAUCUAAUAUGACGUAACCAAUUUUACUCGAGAGGUUGUUAUAUACAUCCGAGUGUACCAUACACCCAUGAGUAUUUGUUUUCAAUUUGAUGAUUGUUUGUUAUUUUAUCAUCAAAUGAAGAACAAAAACUAACCUUAAGUUAGUUGGGUGUAAGCUAGGUAUAUAUAACAAAUUCUAAUUUUGCUUAGGGGAGGUGUUCAACAGUUCAAGUUAUUCUAUGAUGCAACAACCUAUUUGUUUGGGCUCAGAUUGUUGUCAUGCAGUUAUUAUCAUAGUCCAGGACUGUUGGCCCUCUAUGCUAUGCUCAUUGGGCUUCAUCCAAGUCCACCUCACACUCCCAGGCCCGUUAAGGAUAGAGUGAUGGAUUAAGAUUUUUUUGACACAAAUGGAUUAAGAUUAAUAAAACGUGUUUAGUUAAUCUUUAGAACUAUUAAAAGUUAGAUUUAUUAGUUCAAAAUGUAGGAGUCCUUUUUUUAUUUUAUUUUAUUAUUUUUUUUUUUUUUGGUAUUUCUUUUUAGGUGUUGACUAAAGAUGAGGGUUUGUAAAUGAGAUAAUGCUACUUAAAAAGAAAUGAGCUUUCCCUAUAGUUAUCUAAUUGUUAUUUACGUACUCCCUCCGUCCCUAAAUUACAUUCAUGUUUUGCUCUAUUAUGUGAGGAAUAAAUGCUAGAAACAGGAAUGUAAUUUAGGGACGGAGGGAGUAAUAAAAUUUUGAAAUUCUGGAUAGUAAUACUUUCUUAUUUUGCAACACAGUUUAUAGUUGAAUCAAUUCUUUAGGUUUUUUUUUUUAAAAAAAAAAAUAACUUUAGGAUUCGUUUGGUAUCGCUUUGGUUUUUAAAAUCAUACGAUAUAUAUCAUAUAAUGAAUAAAAAAUUAGUCAAAUUUAUAAA